CGACAGCGCCAGGCGCGGAGCUAACAAGUUCGGCGAUGGCUGGCAGUGAGUGAUGACCCGGUUACUGUCCGUCGCGCGCAGAGUCGUUUUGGCCGCCGUGCGCUGCAGCGCCCGCGGCUGCAGCGGUCUCGGCAUGUUCUAUGCCGUGAAGAGGGGCCGCAAGGCCGGGGUCUUCCUGACCUGGAGCGAAUGUAGAGCCCAGGUGGACCGGUUUCCUGCUGCCAGAUUUAAGAAGUUUGCCACCGAGGAGGAGGCCUGGGCCUUUGUCCGAAAGCCUGCAAGCCCGGAUGGACCAGAAGGAGAGAAAAAUGAACAUGUACAAGAAUCACAAGGGAAAACAAACAAGCGAGUCCGUGAGCCAUUGGACGGAGAUGAAAAUGCAGAACCGUGUGCGAAGCAUGUGAAACAGAACGCAGAAUCGGUGCCUUCAGUUAGCAAAGACACUUUUUCUUACAUGGGAGACUUUGUCGUUGUCUACACUGACGGCUGCUGCUCCAGUAACGGGCGCAGGAGGGCACGUGCGGGAAUUGGUGUUUACUGGGGACCAGGCCAUCCUUUGAACUUAGGCAUUAGGCUUCCCGGGCGGCAGACGAACCAAAGAGCAGAAAUUCAUGCCGCCUGCAAAGCCAUCGAGCAGGCGAAGGCUCAGAACAUCCAGAAGCUGGUUCUGUAUACGGACAGCAUGUUUACUAUAAAUGGGAUCACUAACUGGGUUCAAGGUUGGAAGAAGAACGGGUGGAAAACGAGCACGGGGAAAGACGUGAUCAACAAGGAGGACUUUGUGGUGCUGGAGCAGCUGACCCACGGCAUGGACAUCCAGUGGAUGCAUGUUCCUGGUCAUUCGGGAUUAAUAGGCAAUGAAGAAGCUGACAGAUUAGCAAGAGAAGGAGCUAAGCAAUCUGAAGACUGAACGAAGCAAUUUUAAUUCUUGGAAAAGCUUCCACGGAGGCUGUUGGAGCGUCCCCGUGUCUUCUACGCCAGAGCGACGAGGCGGCUCCAUUGCUGGGGGUCGAGAAAACCGAGAGGAUCUCUGCCUUCUUUCAGGACAGGCUCAUGGGAUGUGGGCGAAACGAAACAAAUCCGGAGAGCUGGUCCCGGGUGGGCAGCCUGCAUGGUGGUGAACCGGCGCCGUGAAGCCACACGUCGGUCCCAGUGGGAUCUGUCCUGACGGGCGAGCCUGAGGCCUUAGGUCACGUGUCUUAGAAAGACCUUGGUCUCCAUUUCCAGAUGUCUCUUAAUGUUCACAUCCUGGUAGUUCCGGAACGGGACGGGAGAGCUGCUCGGGAACAGCCCCUUCUCUGUGACGGGUCGGUCGGACUCUCGCUGCUCCGCCACAGCAGGUGUCCGAACUAAGCAUCCAGCACCUCCGCAGAGUGUCUCUUUGACGUACAAAUCCUGCUUUAACCUAAUUUUAAAACCCAGAGGCCACCUUACCUGAGUCAUAGCUGCGAUGGACUGUGUCCCCCAAGUUCAUAUGUUGAAGCCCUGACCCCCAAUGUGGCUGGUAUUGUUAUGCCCAGAAUUUCGUGAUCCCCAAAGACCACCAGGGAGCCGAGUCCGAUGCAAAAGCAAAGAGCCUUUAUUCGAGCUGGCUCGAGCUCGAUCCCCUACCUGCACCGACAAAGCAGUGAGAUGACACAGCGGUGAGGUACCGGAGAGAGAGUGAGUUUCAAAAGGAUAAAGGUUUUAUUGGGGCCUACCUAGGGGCAGUUGGUGAGGUAAUGGCUGUGGCCUCAGCCGAUUGGCUGGGGAAGGAUCGGAGUCCUGUUACGCAGGUCGCCAGGCGUGUUUUGAUGGGGAAGUUUGAACGGGUGAGUGUGAGCGGGAGGUUACUCAAGGGGAGGAGGCGUGGUCAAGGUGAAGGACACAGAACAAGAUGGAGUCGCUGGCAUAGGCCCACCCUUUCAGUAGAUACAGAUGGGGCCUGUGUGGAAGUAAUUCAGGUUAACGAGCUCACUUCCUGCCUGCCCUUGCCACUGAGGAAAGAGGAAAGGCGGCUUGAGGACACAGCAAAGCCAGGAAGAGAGCCCUCCCCGGAAGCAGAUCACUGACACCUUGAUCUUGGACGUGGCCUCUGGGAUCGUGAGAAGUCCACGGUCGAGCCCCCGGCCGGCGGCGUUCUGUCCGGCCGCCUGAGCGGGGUCCCCAGCCACGGAGGUCUGCUGAAGGCCAGUCUCCUCUCCUGGGGAGGAAAGGAGCGUGAGGUCCAGUCCUCUACCCCUCGGUGGCUACCUCUCCUCUGCUUACCGUGCGGACAGCAGGACUGCGCCACGUGAGCCAGGGCGCGUGAUUCUUCGGAGAUUCUCCGCUCGGUGGAUGUCAGUGAGGCAGCCCUGCUCUGUUCAGUGACGGGUUCUCCCGAAUGUAAUUGUAAGUUGGUAGCGACCACGUUGUUUUGCUGAAGCCUAGGAAUCCGAAAAUAAAAGUCGAGAAAUAGGACUGUGGAGAGAGGAGAUGAUUACUCCCAUAUUUGGUCUGUGAUUUUUUUGAAAACUAGAAGAAUGUCUAGUUAUUUAGAUUUAGGAAUCUCGACACUGGCUGGGACUUCCUUCUCUGUGACAGGACCUAGUGAAUCGAUGGGUCUGCUUAAAGGUAUUCAGACAGACUCUCCGCAAACUGCGAGAAGAGACCCUUGAGAUCUGUGUUUUCCAGCAACCGCUUGUUCUGCGUUUUCAAAGCCAGCGGGUGAUAAGCAGCGAGGCCUGCUCUGGUGUCUGGACCUCUGCUGGUGACCUUCGGUUUUUUUUGUUGUUAUUUUAUGUUUUGUUUAUUUUUGAAAGAGACAGCAUGAGCCGGGAAGGGACAGAGAGAGAAAGGGACAGAAGAUCUGGAACGGGCUCGUGUGUGGGACUCGAGCUCAUGAACCAGACCGGGAGCUCAUGGCCUCAGCCGACUGGGCCGCCCAGGCGCCCCAUUUUUUGCUUUAAACGCCCGAGCAACACGAGAAACCCCUGUCUUGAGGCAGACGGAAGCGACCGUGGUCAGGCCUGGAGGACGGGGCCUGGGGACCCGCUGGCUGUGAGCCGGACCAACGUUAGCGGCGCCCGGGACCUGUCCCCACUGCAUUGUGUCAGCAGAGGCCUUCGAGGCACAUGUCGGGUCAGCGCACAGCUCCCUUCUCCCUCUGAGCCUUCUGUAGGCACAUGCGCUCCUAACACGUAUGACCUCACUGCAGUCCCCUCAUGACCAGCGCACCGUCCAGCGGCUCCAGGCUCGGUCCCGAGGGCAUCGUGCUGCUGAGAGGGCCACCCGUGCCCUCGGCACUUCAGGACGCUCCUGGGGACCCCCUCUGCCGUGUCUGGUGCGCCUGUCUCCACGGCCUGCUUCCCACCAUCUCUGGGUGGAGUGGCUCGAGGCCCGACGCAGCCUCCGUGUCAGCCGGAACCUAGCACGGCGUCUGCUGGUGCGGGUGACGGCACCGCCAGCCGGGCCCUGAGCACGUGGGACGGAGUGUAGCGACCUGUCUCGGCGGCGGUGUGUUCUAGAACUGUAAAUGAUCUUCAGUUUUUAAUUAAAAAACAAAUUCUCGGUG